AUGAAGAACCUCAUGACACGACAUCAAAGAACUCAUGAGAUUAGUCGAAAGUACAAAUGUAAUCAGUGUGACUUUGUCACUGUCGAAUUGUCUGUCUUGCAAGACCAUCUCAAAAUCCAUAAUCAAAACCAGGAGUUGAUGUUGAAAUGCUCGGAGUGUGGUUACUCGUGCAAAUGUGAAGAACUUCUCCGAGAACACAUGUGGAAACACAUUGACAAGAUUGCACCGCAUGGGAUAGUGCAAGUGCAGAUGGAAGGUGCGCAGAAUGAAGAGCCUGCUAAGCCAGCUGAUGGUGAUCAAGUAUCAAGUGAUCCCUCACCUUUGUCUAACUCUCCUGUUAGCAGUCAGACAGUUGCUUCAAAACCACAGCCAACAUGCACCAUCACUUUUCAAGUGUCUGUUGUGCGGGUACGUGUGUGA